CCUCCCCCGGGAAGAUUGGCCGCUGCGGCGGGCGCAGAGGAGGGCAGGAGCGGGCUCUCGCGGGCGGUGCUGAGAGCCCCGCGCUGCCAGUGGCGCGCUCUCCGCGGAGUUUUCCCUCUCUGAGGACGGGCUGCCUGCGCGCCCCUUCGCGCCCCGGGGUGACGGGAAGAGGAGACCAUGGUGUCCGUCGGGAGCGGCGCGUCCCUGUGGCUGGGAGUGCUUCUGGGCGUCUGGAGCUCCGGCGCUUGGCUGCCUGUCGGGGGGUGCCCCAGCAAAUGUACCUGCUCUGCCUCCAACGUGGAUUGUCACGGGCUGGGACUGAAAACGGUGCCGCGGGGCAUCCCCAGGAAUGCGGAGCGGCUGGACUUAGACAGAAAUAAUAUCUCAAGAAUCACCAAGAUGGACUUUGCUGGUCUGAAGAAUCUCCGUGUCUUGCAUUUGGAAGAAAAUCAAAUCAGUAUGAUAGAGCGUGGAGCAUUUCAGGAUCUAAAGCAACUCGAACGGCUGCGUCUGAACAAGAAUAAAUUACAGGUUUUACCAGAGCUGCUUUUCCAGAACACGCUGAAGUUAACCAGAUUAGAUCUAAGUGAAAACCAAAUUCAAGGAAUCCCAAGGAAGGCCUUUCGAGGAAUUACUGAUGUGAAGAACUUGCAACUGGACAACAACCAGAUCAGCUGCAUUGAAGAUGGAGCCUUUAGAGCCCUGCGUGACUUGGAGAUUCUUACACUCAACAAUAACAACAUCAGCCGCAUCCCUCUUACCAGUUUCAACCAUAUGCCAAAGAUCAGGACUCUGCGACUUCACUCCAACUACCUGUAUUGUGACUGCCACCUGGCGUGGCUGUCUGACUGGCUGCGGCAGAGGCGCUCAAUUGGGCAGUUCACAUUCUGCAUGGCGCCCGUACACCUACGGGGUUUCAAUGUGGCGGACGUUCAGAAAAAGGAAUAUGUCUGCUCUGGUUCCCACUCUGAACCUCCAUCCUGCAAUGCUAAUUCCAUCACUUGCCCAUCCGCUUGCACAUGCAGCAACAACAUUGUGGACUGUCGAGGCAAGGGCUUAACAGAAAUUCCAUCUAACCUACCAGAGAGCAUUGUGGAAAUACGCUUGGAACAGAAUUCCAUCAAAACAAUUCCCCCUGGAGCUUUUUCCCAGUAUAAGAAACUUAAGAGAAUAGACAUCAGCAAGAAUCAAGUAUCUGAUAUUGCUCCUGACGCAUUCCAUGGCUUGAAAUCCCUCACCUCGCUAGUGCUCUAUGGAAAUAAGAUCACCGAGAUUCCCAAAGGCCUUUUUGAUGGGCUUGUCUCUCUGCAGUUGCUGCUUCUCAAUGCCAAUAAAAUCAACUGCCUGAGGGUAAACACAUUUCAAGAUCUGCAUAACCUCAACCUGCUAUCACUUUAUGACAACAAACUGCAGACCAUCAGCAAGGGGCUCUUUGUACCUCUCCAGUCGAUCCAGACUCUACAUUUAGCUCAGAAUCCAUUUGUGUGUGACUGCCAUUUGAAGUGGCUGGCUGAUUACCUGCAGGAUAAUCCGAUAGAAACCAGCGGCGCUCGAUGCAGCAGUCCGCGUCGCCUUGCCAACAAACGAAUCAGCCAGAUCAAGAGCAAGAAGUUCCGCUGCUCAGGUUCAGAAGAUUAUAGAAGUAAGUUCACUGGGGACUGCUUUAUGGACCUUGUCUGUCCUGAAAAGUGUCGCUGUGAAGGCACAAUCGUAGACUGUUCCAACCAAAGACUCACCCGCUUACCCAGUCACCUUCCUGAAUAUGCUACCGAUCUACGUUUAAAUGACAACGAUAUCUCAGUCCUAGAAGCCACUGGAGUCUUCAAGAAACUGCCCAGCCUAAGGAAAAUAAACCUGAAUAACAAUAAGAUCAAGGAGAUCCGAGAAGGUGCCUUUGAUGGGGCGGUUGGGGUGCAGGAGCUGAUGCUGACGGGGAAUCAGCUGGAAUCCGUUCAAGGGCGAAUGUUUAGAGGCCUCACAGGAUUAAAGACAAUGAUGCUGAGAAGCAACUUGAUCAGCUGUGUGAACAAUGACACCUUCACAGGACUAAGCUCCGUAAGACUGCUCUCGCUGUACGACAACCGCAUCACCACUAUCACUCCUGGAGCAUUCAAUACACUUGUCUCUUUGUCAACGAUUAAUUUGCUGUCUAAUCCCUUUAAUUGUAAUUGCCAUCUGGCAUGGCUGGGGAAAUGGCUGAGGAAAAGGAGAAUUGUCAGUGGAAAUCCACGUUGCCAGAAACCCUCUUUCUUAAAGGAGAUUCCAAUUCAAGAUGUGGCCAUCCAGGACUUCACCUGUGAUGGUAAUGAUGAAAGCAGCUGUCUGCUCUCUCCUCGUUGUCCGGAUCCGUGUACUUGCGUAGACUCGGUGGUGCGCUGCAGUAACAAAGGUCUGCGCAUCCUACCCAAAGGCAUCCCGAAGGAUGUGACUGAGCUAUAUCUGGAAGGAAACCAUUUAACAGCUGUGCCAAAGGAACUGUCGACCUUCAGACACCUGACACUGAUUGACUUGAGCAACAACAGCAUCAGCAUGUUGGCCAAUUACACCUUCAUCAACAUGACUCAGCUAUCGACACUGAUCCUGAGCUACAACAGACUCCGGUGUAUUCCAGUCUACGCAUUUAAUGGACUCAAGUCGCUUCGAGUGUUAACUCUUCACGGUAAUGAUAUUUCCAGUGUCCCUGAAGGUUCUUUUAAUGACCUCGUGUCCCUUUCACAUCUGGCUCUAGGUACCAACCCCUUGAACUGUGACUGCAGUCUGCGCUGGCUUUCAGAAUGGGUGAAGGCAGGAUACAAAGAACCAGGGAUUGCUCGGUGCAGUGGGCCAGAGGACAUGACAGACAGACUGCUGCUCACAACACCAACCCAUCGCUUCCAGUGCAAAGGACCAGUAGAUGUCAACAUUGUGUCCAAGUGUAACCCUUGCCUUUCCAGUCCAUGUAAGAACAACGGGACAUGCAACAACGAUCCAGUUGAGUUCUAUCGGUGUACUUGUCCCUUCGGUUUCAAGGGUCGGGACUGCAAUAUGCCUAUUAAUGCCUGCAUUCAGAAUCCAUGCCAGAAUGGAGGGACCUGCCAUCUCACCGAGGCAAAUAAAGACGGAUUCAGCUGUUCUUGCCCUCUAGGAUAUGAGGGGGAGAGAUGUGAAAUCAACCCAGAUGACUGUGAAGAUAACGAUUGUGAGAAUAACUCCACAUGCAUGGAUGGAAUCAACAACUACGUCUGCCUUUGCCCUCCUAAUUACACAGGUGAGCUUUGCGAUGAAGUGAUCAACCACUGUGUUCCUGAGCUAAAUCCAUGCAAGCAUGAGUCCAAAUGCAUCUCCUUUGACAAAGGACUCAGAUGUGAGUGCCUACCUGGCUACAGUGGCAAACACUGUGAAACUGACGACGAUGACUGUGUAGGCCACAAAUGUCGUCACGGUGCUGUGUGCGUAGAUGCAGUCAAUGGCUACACCUGUGUCUGCCCCCAAGGGUUCAGCGGACUCUUCUGUGAAAAUCCUCCGCCAAUGGUUCUGCUACAGACCAGCCCUUGUGACCACUAUGAAUGCCAGAAUGGGGCUCAGUGCAUUGUAGUGCACCACGAACCAGUCUGCCGCUGCCUAGCUGGCUUCGCUGGCCAAAAGUGCGAGAAACUCAUCACCGUUAACUUUGUUGGGAAGGAUUCUUAUGUUGAGCUGCCGUCGGCCAAAAUCCGGUCUCAAGCAAACAUCUCCCUGCAGGUAGCAACAGAUAAAGACAAUGGCAUUUUAUUAUACAAAGGAGACAAUGAUCCUUUGGCUUUGGAGUUGUACCAAGGACACGUGAGGCUUAUCUACGACACACUGAACUCUCCACCCACCACAGUUUAUAGUGUGGAAACAAUAAAUGAUGGGCAGUUUCACAGUGUGGAGCUGGUUAUGCUGAACCAAACAUUGAACUUGGUUGUGGAUAAAGGAGCCCCCAAGAGUCUUGGCACACUGCAGAAACAACCCACUGUCAACCUCAACACCCCACUCUACAUUGGAGGGAUCCCAACAUCUACUGGGCUAUCUUCAUUGCGCCAAGGCACAGAGAGGAUGUCAAAUGCCUUUCAUGGAUGUAUCCAUGACGUCCGCAUUAAUAACGAGCUGCAGGACUUUAAGGAUCUACCCCAACAGUCAUUAGGAGUCCUUCCUGGCUGCAAAUCCUGUAACAUCUGCAAGCAUGGGAUCUGCCGGUCCAUAGAGAAGACAAGUGUUAUCUGUGAAUGUCACCCAGGCUGGACAGGCCCGCUGUGUGACCAGGAAAUUGGAGACCCCUGCCUUAAUAACAAGUGUAUCCAUGGCAAAUGCACGGCUGCCAACUUUGCUUACACGUGUAAGUGCUUGGAGGGAUAUACAGGCAUGUACUGCGACAAGAAGAAUGACUCCUCAAACCCCUGCAGAAUUAUGAAAUGCAACCACGGGCAGUGUAAACUCUCAGAACAUGGGGACCCAUACUGUGAAUGUGACCCUAACUAUAGUGGAGAGCACUGUGACAAAGAGAAUCUUUGCCAGGGAGAGAUUGUCCGAGAAGUGAUCCGUAAACAGCAUGGCUACAGCUCAUGUGUCACUACCUCCAAAGUUCCGCAGAUGGAAUGUCGUGGCAGUUGCAGUAAUGGGCAGUGUUGUGUUCCCCUCCGAAGCAAAAGGCGGAAAUACAUAUUUCAGUGUGUGGAUGGCUCCUCCUUCAUGGAAGAACUGGAGAGGCAUGUGGAAUGCGGCUGCUCAAAAUGCUUAUAAGCCAUUCUCCAGUCUCUUGCCACUUUAAUCGACUCAGAAGUGCUCUCAAAAUGGGACCUAUUUACUUUCAGCGUGAAGAAGAGAAGAAUAUUAAGUAUAUUGUAAAAUAAACAAAAAAUAGAACUUAUUUUUAUUAUGGAAAGUGAAUAUUUUCAUCUUUUAUUAUAUAAAGUAUCACAUCAUUUUGGGUAUAUGUAUCAUAUAGUGAGUUAUUUUUACCAUAAAACUUUUUAACAGUUGUUAAAAAAAUAAAAAGGUUUUAAAAAAUAAAGAAAUCAUAGCCUAACAAAAGGAGAAACGGGGUAAGUUUAUAAUCAUGCAUGAUGGCCAAAUGUGAAGAUAUUUCAAGGAACUGCUACAAAAAAAUAGAUACAGACAGAAAACAAUCUUCUCCGAGGUUCUGGUGGGUACAACAGGAAAGCACAAUCUCACAUCUGACAGCCAUCUCCUCUAUCUGUGUACCCUGAAAAUCUCCCUUUUGCUUCUUACCCUUGUCUAACAAUGCUAGUUUGUGUUUGGUUCCUGUACAGUGGCUCAGCUUGAUACUCUUGAAAAUGUCCCUCAAAAAGUGCAUCGGUCUGGCAGUAGCCUAAGUCUGAUACUGUCUCCAUUACUCAAGUGUGAUAAUACUAUACUGCAUUUUUUGUUUUGUAUUUUGUAUUUUUAUCUGUCUUCCGAAUAUACUCUUGAGCGACUGUAUCUCUAUAGCACGGACAGCUCUACCCAAACUGAAGUGGGGCAGAGAAUGUGGGAAAUGUAUUUUGCGACAUUUUUGUCCAAAAAGGCAAAAAUAAGUGCUUAGUUACUCCAGUUAAGUAACAUACUGACUUCUUCUGCUUACCCUUCAUGUGCUGCUUCCCAGAUUUAUGCCUUGAUGCUCUUAGCCUGGAGUUAAUUUUUGAAUAUGAAAUGUGAGGAAUAUAUUACAAUGAAGUUUGGCAACCUAAACACUGUAGCUUUCAAGUUCAUGUAUAAAAGUCCAUUUGUAAAAGGUGAAAAUAUCCUAAGAACCAGAAUUUACCAUGCUAAGAUAUUGUACUUUAUUCCCACUUUCAUUUAUUUCUGCCAAAAUUUUACUCUUUGCCAGAGUUGUCUAUUAAUACACACUCUAGGUGUGUUCAUGGACAAUAUGCUGCUUCUCCAGCUGCUACUUCUCAAAUUAAUGUAAAUUGCACUACAAGCAUGUUGAAUUCCUAGGUUUGCUGUCCAUCCCACCUUAACACUUUCAUCUGGUCUUACUGAGACUUUUGAUAUUUUCAUAUAGUGUUGCUCUCACUUUCCACUACAGGCUGUCCUCGCUAUAAGUCCAAAAAGCUUGGACUCAUAGCAAAACAACUUAAAGCAGGGAAUUUGUUUCCCACAGCUGACUUCCAUUUGCGCAAAUUCAGGAGGGGGUUGCACAACUUAAAAGCGAGGAAUGGGAGAACUUGUAAUGAGAACUUGCAUCAGUUCCUACAAGCAUCAACGACUUAUUGCUGAACGGAUGUAUACCAAGGCGACUUAUAGCGGGGACGCCCUGUACAAAGAUUGGCUGAUUGAUUCACACUAAGAACAUUUGCACCUGCACUGUUGAAUAUUCUGCACCUGUUCUAUGUGUGCGGAAUGAAUGCUGAAUAUGUAGCAGAGAUCCAUGCAGAUGACAAAUUCUCAGUGUGAAUUUGAGAGGUGACUUUUACUCUUAGGCUGUGUCUAGACUGCAGGGUUUUUUGGAAAAAAGUAGCCUUUUUUCGAAAAAACUUCAUCGGCGUCUAGACUAUAGCCACGUUCUUUCAAAAUUAAAUCGAAAGAACGUGGCUUUUCUUUCGACGGUGGUACUCCUCAUUUCACGAGGAAGAACGCCUUUUUUCGAAAGGCGUUCUUGAAUGCAAACAGGGCUUUUUCGAAAGAGAGCAUCCAGACUGCCUGGGUGCACUCUUUCGAAAAAGCGGCUUGCUUUUUCGAAAGUACUGGUUGCAGUCUAGAUGCUCUUUUUCGAAAGAGGCUUUUUUGAAAGUAUCUUUCUGCAGUAUCUUUCGAAAGAGGCUUGCAGUCUAGACGUAGCCUUAACGUGUUGGCCGUUUUGCCAGGGUUACCUAUUAAAAACAGAAAUUACAUUCACGGGCAGCCAGUACGUUAGUGCCCUCCCUAUGCACCGGGGCCGGGCGCCGCCCACCUUCCCCGUGAUGCUUCUCCCGCCCUACCUUCACCAGCUGCCCAUGAUUACAUUACCCAAGCCUUGACGUGGUCUAAUACCAUGAAUAAAUUGACCUCCCUGCCAAAAUUGUUCCAUUGUUUCUUCAAGUACUUUCUCUUUCUCCCUGCAAGAGCAUUGAAUACAGUGGUCCUUUUUUCAACGAGUCUGUUUGUGUGAAAAAGCUAUGACAGAGCUUUAUACCCCACAUUGUGGUCUGAUCCAAUGCCCACUGACUGUAAUGGAAAGGAUCAGGCCCUUUAAAAGCCAGGGCAGAGAGAAAGGCUCAUCAGUUUAUAAAUAAAUAGAUGAUACUUUUGCCUGAAUGAGGCUUUUAAAAAAGCAUGGUCCAGAUUCCUGCCAUAGCCAUUACAAAUUUACAGUCCCAGAAAAAGAACAGACACCACUGCAGUUACAAUGUAAAUCUUUGUCUUUUUUUGGAACCAGAAGCCCUAAGAUGCUUAUAGACCUUACUCUAAUUAAAGCCUAUUUUAUCCAUAACAGUGUAGUCAGGUUUCCUUUUUGUUUCUCAGUGUAAUUUGGGCAGGAAGGAAGUGAGUGAUACAAUAGAUGUCUUUCAGAAUAAAUACUAUUACAAUGGAGCCUGCAAUCAGGGAAACACGAACCAAUUACUGUGUGCCAAAAACUGAUUGCAAUAGUAUGGAACAGGAGACAGGACAAAAAAAAACCCUGUUUCAUAUAGCAUAGUUUCACUUUAUGUCAAGUGAUAAUAUGUGAAACCAGAAGCACACGGAGCUUAUAAAGUUUAAAAUAACAAAACAAAACCAAAAAAACCUCCCUGCCCCCAAGCUGUUGAAUCUAAAAAUUUCCAAAAGCAACUAAUUGCACAUGCUUGUAUAAACAAGGCCUGGCACAUCUCUACUAUUAUUAAUUAUACAUUCGUAGACACAGUUAGCCAUUAUUCCAGAGAAGAGAAAUCAAGACUUGACCAGUGGAUCACAGCACAUCAGUGUUUCUAAUAAAGUCUCAUUAGUAAGCUGGAUAAUUGGCAGCUAGUAAACUGCCAAAACUUUGUGCAGCAUUGUCUUCCCCAAAAAACUAACUAAAGUUGUAGUCAAUGGAUUCAUCCAAACAGCAGUAUGACUGAGAUGAACUGUUUCCUCUCCACCAUCCCACACAUCCUGACAGGUGUUUAUAUUGUGACUGUUACCAAAGGCAAAAAAAAAAGCCAUUGAACAGCUAAUUAAAUGACUAAAUGUGUUUAGCCAAAACUUCAUAGCUACAGUACAGUAGGGCUGGCCCUGUUCUGUUAUCACAGUCAAGUGCUGUGAAAUACAAGUCAGAAUUCCUAUUUUUUUAACAAAAAGAAACAUUUUUGUAUAUUUCUAGACAGCAGUUGUGUGACAAUCACUGCCAUGUUUCAGAUGAGUGAUUUUACUGGUUUAAUAUGGAAUUAGUUUGCUUGGUUUAAAAUUUAAAAAAUGUAAUGGUGCCAAAAAUGUGAGGUUAAUGGAAGUGUUAAUUAGCUCUGGAAGUUUCUUCUGUAACCUGCUGUUACAGAAGUUAUCAGCUACUACAGGUACAAUGCAGUAAUUUUUUAACGCUAUCAAGCUUUUAAUAUAAACUGAAGAAGGAUGCUAACCCUAAACGAAAUGAGGGCAAUGCAGACUAGGGUGAAUUAGUGUAUUUUAUUAACAGACUCAUUGUGAUGUAAUUUGAAAUAAAGUGUUGGGUUUAUGGAAGAUUAUAACAUA